AAAAAAGUUUGGGUCCAAGAUUUGAAUGACCGAGUCAUCACAGCCGAGAAAAUUAAUGCUCAGUUGACCAGUUCGGUUAGAGCACUUAAAGAUGAGUUAAUGUCUUUACAAGAUCAAGUCAUGGCUCAUAUAAAUUGUACAAAUUGCAAUCUUGUUCAAAAUUAUUUAGAUCAUUGUGCUCGGUUCAGACCUCUUCAACAAACAUCGCUAUCACAAUUCCAAACAACAUCGCCAUCAUUGUCACCAUAA